AUGCUCUUGAGGGUGUACUUGGUCCAGCAGUGUGGUCGGUGUCGCGUUGGGAGGAGAAUCAUCUUUCUUCAACACCUUCGAAGCGUCGUUGACGACAGCUAUACCACCAUGCAGCUAAGCAACCUAACAGAGACGCUACGAAUGCUCGUAACAGCAAACCACAUCCUCCACCAGCACAACGCCGUCGACGGCUUCGGCCACAUCUCCGUACGGCAUCCACAGAACGCUUCACUCUACAUCAUGUCCGGCUACCUCGCACCCGCCCUAGUAUCAACCGCAGACGACCUGAUCGAGUACAACGUCGAAGGCAGCAUGCCAGUCGACCCCAAUGCCGGCAAGGGGUACAGCGAGCGCUUCAUUCAUGGUGAGAUGUACAAACGCUGGACGGGCGUCAACUGUGUGGUGCACUCGCAUGCGGAGGCAGUGUUGCCGUAUGUGGCGAGUGAUGUACCGUUGUUGCCGAUGUACCACAUGGCAGGAUUUCAGGGGAGUGAGGCGUUGCCGGUCUGGGAUAUCACGCCGCUGUAUGAGGAGGAGCCGGAGCAUCAGCAGGAUAUGCUGGUGAAUGAGGCUCGUUUCGGGGAGGGCCUGGCGGAUUCCUUUGCGGGUCCUUUCAGCAAUGAUUCUGACUCAACCUCACCCGCUCACACUGUUGUCCUGAUGAAGCGGCAUGGAUGUGCCACUUGGGGACCCGAUAUUCCAACGGCAGUCGAUAGGACGCUGUAUACGCUUACGAAUGCGGGUGUGCAGACGAAUGCCAUGGCGGUCCAGGCUGCUGCGAGGGCGGCGGGGCUGGUGCAGAAUGCGACCAUUGAGGGCUUGGGGAAGAGGCAGGCGGAUGAUUGUAGGAAGAUGAAUGAGGGUACCCAGGAUAAGGCGUGGCAGUUGUGGGAGAGGGAGGUGGAGGUGAAUGCGUUGUAUCAGAAUAAGGUGUAG